AUGGAUAUUCUGAAGUUUUAUAAGGCACCUGGAUUAAAAGUAGGCCAACUGAAAAAUAAACUGCGCAAGGUGUUGGAAAUCGAGACUUCAGUGAUUCUUGAUCUUGAAACUGAAUUAUGUUAUUACGUGGAAACGGAGCCACUCGAAGAAAAGGAAAUUUGUACAUUGAAAUGGAUUUUGGCACCUUCUUUUGAACAAGAAUGCUUGCGACGUUAUAGUGUGUUUGAUGAAACUGAAGAUCAUUCUGUUGUUAUUGAAAUUGGACCCAGGUUGAAUUUUUCAACAGCAUUUUCUAGUAACGUCGUUUCUAUAUGUAAAUCUGUCAAGCUGAACAAAGUGAAAAGAAUAGAAGUAGCAAUUAGAUAUAAUGUUAAAUGUAAAAAAAGAUUUAGUAAACAAACGGAAAAUGCCAUUGUUGAUGUAUUAGGUGAUAGAAUGACAGAAUGCAGGUAUGAGAAACCUAUAGAAACAUUCGAUCAUGGCUUUAAACCAGAAAAAUGGUUUACUGUAGAUGUAAUGAAAAAAGGCAAGAAGGCUUUGGAAGAAAUUAAUACAAAAUUAGGCUUGGCAUUUGAUGAUUGGGAUUUAGACUUCUAUACGGAAUUGUUUCUUUCUCGAUUGAAACGUAAUCCCACUACUAUUGAAUGUUUUGAUCUUGCUCAGUCAAAUAGUGAACAUAGUCGUCAUUGGUUCUUCAAAGGCCGUAUCAUUUUGGAUGGCAAAGAGCAACAAGGAUCGUUGAUUGACAUGAUAGUAGAUACUCAAAAAUACUCGAAUUCCAACAACGUAAUUAGUUUCUCUGACAAUAGCAGUGCCAUCGAGGGUUUUCAAGUCCCUGUGCUACGCCCUACGAAAACUUAUGAAAGUAGUAAUUUUUAUCUACAAGACAUCAAGCAACAUCUUAUUUUUACAGCAGAAACACAUAACUUCCCAACUGGUGUAGCACCUUUCAGUGGAGCUACAACGGGUACAGGCGGUCGACUUAGGGACAUCGAAGGAAUAGGCCGUGGCGGAAAUUACAUUGCUGGCACGGCGGGAUACAGCAUCGGCAAUUUAUUGAUUCCAGGUUAUGAUUUACCAUGGGAAGAAAAAAAUACAAUUUAUCCUAACAACAUGGCAACGCCAUUAGAAAUUAUAAUUGAAGCAAGUAACGGUGCAUCUGAUUAUGGUAACAAAUUUGGAGAACCAGUUAUUUCCGGCUUUGCGCGGACUUAUGGAGCGAUUGAUAACGCCGGUAUAAGACGAGAAUAUAUCAAACCCAUAAUGUUUAGUGGAGGAUUAGGCACUGUGGAUGGGAAUCUUGCUAUUAAGAUUCCAGCAGAGCCAGGUAUGCAAGUCAUUAAAAUCGGUGGACCUGUAUUUCGAAUCGGAGUUGGCGGCGGAUCAGCUAGCUCUGUAGAGGUUCAAGGUGACAACAGUUCGGAACUAGAUUUCGGUGCUGUACAACGUGGCGACCCUGAAAUGGAGCAGAAAUUGAAUCGUAUGAUUCGAGCGUGCGUCGAAAUGGGAGAUAAUAAUCCAAUCGUUAGCAUUCAUGAUCAGGGCGCCGGUGGUAAUGGUAACGUUCUCAAGGAAUUAGUCGAUCCUGCUGGAGCUGUAAUCUUUACAAAGUGUUUCGACCUUGGUGAUCCCAGUAUCAGCACUUUAGAGCUCUGGGGUGCUGAAUAUCAAGAAAGUAAUGCAAUAUUGUGCAAGCCGGAAGAUACUGAUUUAUUAAAGAAAAUUGCUGCACGUGAAAAGUGUCCCAUUAAUUUUGUUGGCACAGUCACUGGAAAUGGAAAAAUUAUUGUUUCCGAGGAAGAAGAUUGUGAUAUUUCUAAAUAUUUUAAUAACGAAGAUAAAAGUGCAGAAAACAAUAUAGAGCAUCCUGUGAAUUUGGAAUUGGAACUUAUUCUUGGAAAAAUGCCUCGCAAAGUCUUUAAUUUGCAAAAGGAAUUGACACAAAGAUUGCCAAUGAGAUUGCCUGGUGGAUUAACCGUGUUUGCUGCUUUAAAUAGAGUUCUCCGGUUACCUUCGGUAGCUAGCAAACGAUACCUAACCAACAAGGUGGAUCGUUGCGUAACAGGCUUAGUAGCUCAACAGCAAUGUGUUGGUCCGCUACAUACUCCAUUAGCAGAUGUUGCUGUGACAGCUAUUUCAUAUUUCUCCAUGAAGGGUAUUGCAACUUCUAUCGGCGAACAACCUAUAAAGGGAUUGAUAAACGCAGCGGCUGGUGCUCGUAUGACGGUGGCUGAGGCUGUAAGUAAUUUAGUGUUUGCGCGAAUCUCUAAUCUGCAAGAUGUCAAAUGCAGUGGCAACUGGAUGUGGCCAGCUAAGCUUCCUGGUGAGGGCGCAGCGCUCUAUGAAGCUUGCAUGGCGAUGUGUUCGCUAAUGAAAGAGCUUGGAAUCGCGAUUGACGGCGGUAAGGAUUCACUCAGUAUGGCUGCACGAGUUGAUGAGAAAAUCGUUAAGGCACCUGGUACGCUCGUCAUUUCCUGUUACGCGCCAUGUCCUGAUGUUCGAUAUGUUGUUACUCCGGAUUUGAAGGCUCCUGCGGCAGGACGACAAGGUUGUCUACUUUUUGUUGACCUGUCCCGUGACAAGAGUCGACUUGGUGGAACGGCCUUCUCUCAAGUAUAUAAUCAAUUAGGCAAUGACGUGCCAGAUGUUGAGGACGCUCGAACUCUCAGGAACGCCUUUAAUUGCACGCAGCAGUUAAUUGGAGAUGGGAAAAUACUCGCUGGUCAUGAUGUGAGUGAUGGUGGAGUAGUUACGUGUCUUUUAGAAAUGUGCUUUGCUAGCAUUUCCGGGAUAAACGUCAAUAUAAGUCAUCGAUCUGCGCCUGCUGUUGACGUUUUAUUUUCCGAAGAAAUUGGUUGGGUAUUAGAAGUCGAUGAAAUACAUUAUGAAGAAGCAAUAAAAAUGUUUCAACAGCACGAAGUCUCUGUGUAUCUAAUUGGAAAAUCUAUAGGCUUUGGAAUGAAUACGGAAAUAAUUGUUAAGGUGCGCAAUGAGAUUGUGUUGAAUACUACGGUCAUUGAAUCGAUGACUAUUUGGGAAGAAACCAGUUAUCAAUUGGAACGUUAUCAAAUGAACGUCGAUUAUGCUCUGGAGGAGUUUGUCGGACUUCGAGAACGAACGGCUCCUGCUUAUCAUCUCAGUUUCGAUCCUAUUAAAAGAAUUGAUUAUGAUUUUACAGUAUAUCGUUCCAUAUCAAAAUGUAUAAGGGUAGCUGUGAUUCGAGAAGAAGGAAUUAAUGGUGACAGAGAAAUGGCUGCAUCUUUAUUGGAAGCUGGUUUUGAUGUCUGGGAUGUUACAAUGCAGGAUCUGCUGGAGAAUCACGUUACUCUAGAGGCUUUUCGGGGCAUUAUCUUUCCCGGUGGUUUUAGCUAUGCUGACGUUUGUGGCUCUGCUAAAGGAUGGGCAGCGAGUCUUCUUUUCCAUCCAUCUCUACGUGAACAGUUACGACAAUUCGUUACUCGUAAAAAUACUUUCAGUUUAGGAAUUUGUAAUGGCUGUCAGCUAAUGAGCUUGUUAGGAUGGGUAGGCAAUGAGACAGAAAAAGGAGGCAAUGAGACAGAAAAAGGAGCUAUUUAUUUAGACCAUAACCUCUCUGAGAGAUUUGAAUGCCGGUGGAGUACUGUUAAAAUAGAGAACUCGCCUUCGAUUAUGCUAAAAUCAAUGGAGGGCAGUGUGCUAGGAAUAUGGAUAGCCCAUGGAGAAGGCAGAUUUAUUUUCCGCGACAAGGAAACUCUGAACAAUCUCGAAGAAAAUAACUGUUUACCUAUCAGGUACACUGAUGACUAUGCUAAUAUAACUUGUCGGUAUCCGAUGAAUCCUAAUGGUAGUGUAAAUGGCAUCGCCGCUGUUUGCUCUAAGGAUGGUCGACAUUUAGCGAUGAUGCCGCAUCCGGAAAGAUGUACGAAAAUGUGGCAAUGGCCUUGGAAACCAACAGAAUGGAACUUUGAAGUCUCACCAUGGCAGCGACUAUUUGAUAAUGCAUAUAAUUGGUGUCAAGAACAUAACUAAGAAUUUUUUUAUCAAACUUCAUAUUUUAUAGACAAAAAAGUUGAUAACGAUUUAUUGUAUACAAUCUAUGUUUUUUCUCAUAUUUUAACACACGUUUUCUAAGAAUAAUAAGAAAUUAUAUAAAAAUAUAAAACAUAAUCUAAAUACUCUUUUCAACGAAUUUAAGAAAUACAUUUGACUUUGUGUAUACUUGAAAUA